CGGGUGACUUUUUUCCCUUUAUUGGUGGUUAUGUAAGCGGGAAGAUGGGGUCAGGGCUCGGUAUUGUUUGGUUUGCGGGUGGACGCGUGUCGUCGUUGAUCGCGUGGGUUUUGAGUGCGAGUUGUUGUUGGAGAGUGGCUAAUUGAAUCGAGCUGGAUAUUAUCCGGUUGAGUCUGCUAGAAGUUACAGAGUGCGUAAAGAGCCUUGGAACGAGCAGAAGUUUGGGGAUCUGGGCGGAGUGGAGAACGCAGAGAGUCUGAUAUCAAGUCUGUCAAUGAUUGUACAUGAUUUCCGAUCUCAUCUUCAGUAUGCCGACUCAUCCGAUACCCCAGCUUACCGGCGGACAAAAGAAAGCUGCAGGUAGCCCUCUUUUUCAGCUAUUUGAGACAGGUAAGCUGAAACGCUGGACGACGCCUUCGUCGUUCGCAAAAGCUGCGCUGUCGGAGCGAGUGCCCACACCAGUGUCAAGUCUGGCUAUGCACGGCGAUAGGAUUACACAAAAGACCGAUAGCGAGGAUAGAGCUGAGAAGAAGAAUAAGAAACGAACGAGGGGGUCUACGAGUUUAGACGGGCAGACGGAAGGCGAGAGUGAGUGGACCGCCGAAGAGAUUUUGGCGCUGGACGUGCUCAGACGGGCAGUCUCUGAUUUCUCUGCUAGUACGACUAGUUUACGAAAGCAGCAGGAAUAUGGUCGAAAGAUGGCGAUGAUGCUUAUCCCAGACCGGAGCUAUGAAGAUGUGCGGGCGCGAUUGAAAACGAUACAAAUAUCGGCGACCGAUGAUAAGAAGACGGCCAAGAAACCUUUCCAGAGCGAGGGAAUGAGGCAGCUGCUGAAGAUGGAGCAGGCUAGCACUAAAUCCGCAGCAGCAGCAGCAGCAUCAUCAGUGGAGACAGUGGAGACGGAAAGCGCAGAAGAUGAAGACGGAAAGAGAUCGGCCGAAUUUGAGCGGAAAAAGAAGAGUUUGGAUACGCUACUAGGUCUGGCGACGGAAGAAGACGGAGAAGCAGCUGGCGAGGAAGACGUUUUGCAGCAGAAACGGGCGCGUCUUGAUGAGAUAUUAAGUGCGAUACCAAAGGACUGAUACUACCUAACGAGCUGUGGACACGCGCGAAAAACGCCAUGCGAGCGAAGCGUUCGAGAAUGACGAGCAAGAAGCUGAAGGCAAGUCAUCGGAUGAGUCGUCCCCCUGCUGCGUUGUUAUAACAAGGCGAUGACGGAAUGUGCCGAUUUGGCUGAUUCACGAACGCUGAAGGAGAGAACAGAGCCAAUUAAGAGCAGUAAAGUGCAGUAAAGUGCAGUGAAAGUGAGGGGCUU